AAAAUAUUAAAUGCUUAACUUUAUAACUGCACAAGGAAUACAUUGAAUACAUGUAGAUAACAAUGAGUGUCGACUAUAUAGAAAUUUGAAAUAAUGUAAUAUAAAAAAAUCGUAAAUAAAAGUUGUAAUGUUUUCAAUAAAUUGUAACUUAUGAUGAUACAAAUUUUGAAAAUCUUGUUGAAAAGAUAAACAAUGGAUGAUUCAUGGCAAAGUGCUAAAGAAAUAGAAAUCCCAGACGAGGCUCUAAGAUUAGCAUUAGAGAAUAAUGAGUCAAUGAAAGACAAGCUGUAUGUAGCAGCAAAAAGAUCACCCUUUCUUGUAGCAGGUAUGUUAGGUUUUACUAUCAUAGCUGGAGUAGGUGUCUACAAAUGGAGAACAAAAACAAUCAGACCUUCAAUAUUCCUUAUACAACUCAGAGUUGCAGCUCAGGGUACAGCAAUAGGAUGUUUAACCAUGGGAAUGCUAUAUCAAAUGUACACAGACUUAACAAAACCAAAAAAAAAUAAAUGAUGAUAUUCGUCACUAUUUUAGUGUUUAAUUAUAUAGCAAUGGUAUAAAGAAAAUGAGAAGUAGGAAAUUUCAAUUUUUAAAAUACAAAUUCAAAAAUAUUAACUUAAACAUGUAAUUAUGGAUUUAUGGUACAAACCAUUUCUGGCAUUAUACUUCUAAAAAAUUGUGAACUUAUCUAAUCUCAAAUUCUAUGAUAGAGGAGCACAAUAAAUAUUUAAUUUUAUGUAUUAUUCUUUAAAAUAUAUAUUUUACUAAAAA